CCUACAAAAUCGGUACCGGUUGUGAGUGUGUGCGUGCAUUUUUCGUUAUCAGCCGAUCGAAUCGAUUUGUACACUAUCUUUUGUUUAAGAUGAAAUCUCUAUUGCUCGUGCUUGUGAUAUUUACUGUGGUAGAGAUACAAUGCAAACCAAGUCCUUGUGCUGAACUAAAAGCCGAAUUAGAAAAACAAUGUCAAUCCACCAGGCACGAAAAUUAUAUCGAAUGCAUCAGGCGGCACCGAAAGAAGCGAUCACUGAGCUGCAGCGAUAGUGAAGACAACGAAGUUCCUGAAGAACGAUGCGACUGCGAUUGUGAUUCCUGCAGGUACAGUAAGUGUGGAGGUACCUGCAACAACUGUUGUAGCCGCUGCUGUGACGACUUCGUCCCUUGCCGCACCAAUCACUGUUGUCACAAAACCUGUCACGCUGAAUGCCGAACGUCUUCCUGUAGGAGUACUUGCAGAAAAUCUUGCUAUGAAAAUCUUAGCCAAGGAUCCUCCGUCAACGCCGGAAGCGCGUCUGGAAGCGUAUCCGUAAAUGCCAGCAAUAUCAACAAUAACUUACCGAACGUCACGACGAUAAUACAUGUGCAAAAUGUCAUCAAUCAAUCAAAUAUCAUCGAUGUGCCGAUUAAUUUAGGCUACACGAGCAAAAAUAAUAUUUCGAUCAUCGACGGGAGCGGAAACGGAACUUCAGAAAACUGUUGCAUCGUCAUAGGGCCCAGGCAGUGCUUCCCGACCAACACUUAUCCAUUUACCAAAUGCUACCACACUCGAGCCAAGCAGUGCGGAUGGUACUGCACAGCUUCGAUAGUGCAUGAAGAACAGCAAGAGAUUUGUCAACGGGACGUACUAGGUCAGCCCAUAAAUUGCCAACAAGAAAAGACCUACAUUCCGCAGCCUCAACCGCGUUGUACUUACACGUCAUCGUGGCCAUACGUGUGGUGUGGAAUUCAGAAACCAGCAUCAUGUGAAGGUUGCUACAAUCACUACUUCAAUAGCGACUCCAAGGAAUAUCAUAACUGUUCACCGCAAUGCUACGACGAAGGGUUUGGUGUGGGUCCAUAUUACAGACAAGGACCAUUUUAUCAACAGUCUUUCUCGCACGUCCCCCCUUGUUCUUAUUCCCCAAGUGGAUGCGGAGCUUACGGAGACUACGGAGGUGCUCCGGUGUUCGGAGGUUAUCCAGGAUAUUACGGAGCUGCUCCGAGUUACGGAGGUUUUGGUUUCCAGCCAGGAUAUGGUAGUGGAAUGGGCUUGACUUCGGGUUAUGGGUAUGCACCACAAAUAAGAAUGCCAGCGGGACCUUUUUCCGCAGGAUUCCCUUCUGGGCCACCAUUGCCAUGGAAUUUCGACAGUGUUAAAAAUCUGACGGCGUUUAAUAACAAAACCGGACUAUUCAAUCCAAUUAUAGAUACAAUGCCCGUCAAUGGUGGCGUUAGACCGUUUUACGAUCUUCCGGACAAAGAGGUGGAAAUUGACGUGGAUAUUGCUGGUCCAACAACAAGAGCUCCCGAUCAACCACCGCCAGCUUGAAUCGGCAAAGAAACUGUUACAAUUCACUGCCUACUGUCAGUUAUAGCUAAUUUUUACUUUUUUUUAACCCAAGUUGUCUCUAAAAUCCCAAUCCGCAAUUGCUCGAUUUCGCUUUAAAUUUUUUGAAUGAUUCUCAAGUUUUUUAUUUUUGUAUUUGCUAGUCCUUAAUAAAAAUUA